AUCUCUCGCAACUAUCCGCAUCUACAGCCUCCUCUUUCAUCAUAACAGAGUCGAGAAAAUGUUCGGAGUCGUCUUCCCGAAUCGCAGCUUCCCAAUGGACAUCUCCUCCUUCUCCCAGAUCGACACCUUCCACUGGAUUCUCGACAUGAACACCUUCGUCGGGGAGGCGUACGAUCAAGUCCGGGAGGUCUGCAUAUUUCUCUUAAACAACUUCACACUCCCGCCGGACAAAGCCCUAGCCGUCUACAUCCAGUCGCCGGGCUCUGCCUUCUUCUUCUGCGGCGCCGUCACCGUGGCUAGGCCGUCGGCGGUGCUUGCUCUUCCGUGGCCACAGCCGGGGGGGCAGCUGCAGCUCACAGCCGACGCGGCGCCGCUGUCGGCCAAAAUCGGCGUGUCGGUGGAGGACCUGGCGACGCUGCCGUCGCUGGACGUCACCGCCGAGAAGCGAAUCGAGAGGUUGGCGAUGAAGGUUGGGGAGAAUCUGUUCAAUUUCAUGCAGUCGUUUUGCGGCGUGGAUGGGAACAAGCUAGUGGUGCCGAUGGAUAUCUUGGACCGGUGGUUCAAGAAGUUUCAGGAGAGGGCUAAGCGCGAUCCUGAGUACUUGAAGGGCUUCGCUUUGUAAUUUUGUAAGCUCUGCUCUCUCUUUAUUUUUUUUCCUUUUUCUUUUUUUAUAAUUUUUUUGUAUUUCUCGGUUUGUAAUUGUAGUGUGUUUAUGACAAUUACUACCUGAUUUUUGGGGGUUUUUGCCCAAUCCAAUUCCAGUGUAGUAAAUGUUAGGUAGAACAUAAUUUGCGAAUGCUUACACCGUCUGUUGUGCUGUUA